UAAAAGCUUAAAGUCAGAAUAAYCAGAUUAUUCUGGUUUUAUAAUUUAACUGCAGUGAAAAUAAACAGUUUUGUUUCCUGAAGUCUCUGCAGUUUGUGAGUCUGCCUCUGCAGGGCAGUAUAAUCCAGUUUAAUCCAGGGUUCAGCUGACAGUCAGACUUUCUGCAGCUCUGAAGCACCGAGUGUCUCAACAGUAAUCUGAAAUAAUCUGGGUUUUUUGUGUUCGAGCUCAGAUUCUGCUCACACUGAAGGACAUGACGGGUUCACACAGAUUCUCCAGAUUUUGUUUUUUUACUUUUGUUUCUGUUUUAUUUUUGCUUCUCUUCAGUCCAGCUUUAAGGCUCACAGAGCUGCAAGAGAGAAACUCCAGAGAAUUCCACAAAACUACAGAAAGUCCAACAGAACCGGUGGACCCAGCAGCCUUAGACCUGACCCCCCUGGUCAACACGCUGAUCAACUCCAGUCAGUCUGGCUCUCGGCAGCUCUUCUCUCUGCUCAGCGUCACCUCCUUCAGCUCUCUGGCUCUUCAUAAACUCACCUUGUUGGUUUACAACAUUUCCAGCAUUAAAAGUCUGUCGAGCAGCGCGCUGAGGAGACGGUUCUGUUACUGCGUCACAAACGACACCAAUGAUUUAGCAGAUUUUACAGCCGUGCUGCUGGACGUGAUGGGAAACUCAACAAGCUCUCUGCAGGAAAUCUUUAAAUCUUCCUCCAUUUUAUCAGUGUCUCAGAGGAAUAAUUCUGACUGUAUUUAUAUCUGUGUGAUGGCAGGAAAGACCGGCAGAGAGGUUCCUGACUUGUGGGAUGUGGGCUCCAUCGCUCCGCUCUUCAACCAGACCAUUGUUGAAGGUCCACAUUCAGCAAACAUCUCAUCCAUCAGACUUCCUGCUGAUUGGCACCAACCGCCCACGAAUCUGAGUCAUGUCUCCCCGUCUGGGAUCAGCUCCAUGUUGACCAACAGAGUCCUUUCCACGGCACAUGCUUCUCUGAAUCAGAGCAGAACAGCUACAACAACAGCAAAGGUCACGACCCACGUGCUGAUUGAAACCCCUGAGCCAACCAGGACCCCUGAGCUGACCAGGACCCCUGAGCCAACCAGAACCCGUGAGACGACUAGAACCCCUCAACAUUCAACAACCUCCAUSUCUCCACAUCCAUCUACGGUCCGAAUACCGGAGACAUCAAACUCAUGGACAAACGAGAGAUUAACGGAACCAGAGACUGAACCAGCUAUUAUGUUAGUUCCGACUGGAGUACCAGACAGAACAAUUAGAACAUCACCUGGACUCACCACAAACCCCCGCAAAGGUACUACCAGUUUUUCACCUUUGAUWAUCCAGACUGAACCGACCCCAGGUCUGAAUCAAACUUCUCGACGCAUGACCUCUGAGCCGACCACUACGCCUGAACCAACCAUUACGCCUGAGCAGACCACAACCUCUGAGUCGACAACAACCACAGAGCCUACCACAACCUCUGAGCCGACCACAACUCCCAAGCUGACCACUAUGCCUGAGCCGACCACAAUCACAGAGCCUACCACAACCUCUGAGCCGACCACAACCACAGAGCCUACCACAACCUCUGAGCCGACAACAACUACAGAGCCUACCACAACCUCUGAGCCGACCACAACUCCCAAGCUGACCACAAUGCCUGAGCCGACCACAACCACAGAGCCUACCAUGACGUCUGAGCCGACCACAACUCCUGAGCCAACCACAACCACAGAGCCUACCACGACCUCUGAGCCGAAAACAACCACAGAGCCUACCAUAACCUCUGAGCCUACCACAACUCCUGAGCCGACCACAACCACAGAGCCUACCACGACCUCUGAGCCGAAAACAACCACAGAGCCUACCAUAACCUCUGAGCCUACCACAACUCCUGAGCCGACCACAACCACAGAGCCUACCACAACCUCUGAGCCGACAACAACUACAGAGCCUACCACAACCUCUGAGCCGACCACUAUGCCUGAGCCGACCACAACCACAGAACCUACCACGACCUCUGAGCUGACAACAACCACAGAGCCUACCACAACCUCUGAGCCGACCACAACUCCCAGGCCAACCACAACCCCUGAGCUGACUACAACCACAGAGCCUACCACGACGUCUGAGCCUACCAAAACUCCCAAGCCGACUACGACCCCUAAGCAAACCAGUAUGCCUGAACAGACCCUUAUGCCAGAGCCAAUCACGAUCCCUGUGCCGACCACAAUGCCUGAGCUUAUCACAUCUCCCAAGCUGAUCACAACUCCCAGGCCAACCACGACCAUGAACCCUGAGCCAACCAUGACUCCUGAGUCAACCACUGUGCCAGAGCUGAUCACAACUUCAAAGCCAACCAAGACCCCUAAGGCGACCUCUACACCUGAGCCGAUCAGGACUCCCGAGCUGACCACAAUGUCUGAGCCUACCAAGACCCCUAAGGUGACUACAACACCUGAGCCUACCAUGAACCCUGUGACRACCACAAUGCCUCAACKUUCAACAACCUCCACUUCUUCACAUCUGUCUACAGUCCAAAGACCCAAGACGCCRAGUUCAUGGACGACCCAGGGAUUAACGGAACCAGCUGUAGCAUUAGCUCUGACAAUCAGAACUACAAUGUCUGAACACACCAAAGAACCUCGUAGAGAUACAGCUGUCUUUUCAACUUUGAUUAAUCUGACAGAACCAACCCCAGGUCUGAGUAAAACUUCUCGACAUAUUACCCCUGACCCAACUACGAUGCCUGAGCCAACCACUACCCCUGACCCAACUACGAUGUCUGAGCCAACCACUACCCCUGACCCAACUACGAUACCUGAGCCAUCCACUACCCCUGACCCAACUACGAUGCCUGAGCCAGCCACUACCCCUGACCCAACUACGAUGCCUGAGCCAACCACUACCCCUGACCCAACUACGAUGCCUGAGCCAACCACUACCCCUGACCCAACUAUGAUACCUGAGCCAACCACUACCCCUGACCCAACUACGAUGCCUGAGCCAACCACUACCCCUGACCUAACUACGAUACAUGAGCCAUCUACUACCCCUGACCCAACUACGAUGCCUCAACAUUCAACAGGCUCCAUGUCUCCACAUCUUUCUACGGUCCGAAGGCCUGAGACUUUGAGUUCAUGGACGACCCAGGGAUUGAUGGAACCAGCUGUAAUAUUAGCUCUGACUGGAGUCACAGACAGAACAAUCAGAACCCCACUUGAUCCUUAUAAAGUCACAAACUUUCAUUUAGUUUCAACUUUGACUAACCAGACCAAACUGACUUCACCUCCGAGUAAAUCCACCUCCGUGAGAGUUUCAACCACCCGACCGACGAUGGGACCAACACCGGGCAGAACAGCAACCACCGACCACUACGAGGAGACAGAGGCAGCAGGUUGUCCUUGGAGGAGACCGGACCGGAGCGGAGGGUCUGUCCCCGGCGGGCCCACCACGGUCGGUGCCGACGAGCUGCAGCCGUGCGUCCUGCAGCUCUGCAGCUUCUUCUCUCAGUGCCUCUGCAGAGCGCUGCGCCGGAGGACGGCGAGGAAAAGUUUUUGUGACGACAGCCACCUGUGGUACGAGACGCACACGUCUGAAGUUUGUCGACGAGUCAAGAGGAUCGCUCUGUCCAGAAGUCUGAAACAAAGAUGUUUGUCAAAGAUGUGCAACAAGCUGUGAUCAGAGAAGAAGAGGAGGAAUAAUUCUUCAUCCAAGGACGUGGUUUGGUUCACAACAAUUAAAAACAGAAGAAUUAGGAAAUAAUCCACCGUCUGUUUGGGAAAAAAACUUUUUAGUUAAAGAAACAAACUCAGUUUUUUUUUGUGACUUUUUUUUAAACAUCUGUUUUUUUUAAA